AGGCAGGAUUCUCUGAGUGUAAAUGUCCAGUGCAUGCAGCAGUUCACUCUGUAAUGGACCUAUAAUGGAUGUAUGAUAACUGUAUGAUGAAAAGUAUGAUGGUUAUAUUCUUGCUCUUUGAUAAAUGUUAAGUAGAUGUGAUGUAAAUGUUGUCCUGCUCCGUGGAAUGUUGGUUCCCACCAUAAGGGAAAUCCUGCACGGGGGCUGAAGGCAUCAGAAUAUGGGCGUGAAUCAGACACGCGAGUUGCCGGUGUUUGAUCAAGAUGAAGACGUGAACUUUGACCACUUUCAGAUUCUCAGGGCCAUCGGGAAAGGAAGUUUUGGUAAAGUGUGUAUUGUGCAGAAGCGUGACACAAAGAAACUGUAUGCGAUGAAAUACAUGAAUAAGCAUGCCUGUGUGGAGCGUGAUGAGGUGAGGCACGUAUGCAGGGAGCUGCAGAUCCUGCAGGAGAUACAGCACCCAUUUCUUGUCAACCUCUGGUACUCAUUCCAAGAUGAAGAGGACAUGUUUAUGGUUGUGGAUUUGUUACUGGGUGGAGAUCUGCGCUACCAUUUGCAGCAGAAUGUCCAGUUUAAAGAGGAGACGGUGAAAAUAUACAUCUGUGAGCUAGCACUGGCACUCGGCUACCUACAGUCCUGCAACAUCAUCCACCGUGACAUAAAACCAGAUAACAUUCUCCUGGAUGAGCACGGUCACGUCCACAUCACAGACUUUAACGUUGCCGCAUUACUGAAGGACUCGGCAAGGGCUUUGUCAAUGGCAGGAACCAAACCGUACAUGGCCCCAGAGAUGUUCCAGUCUUUUGUGGAUGGUGGUCCUGGUUACUCUUAUGCUGUGGACUGGUGGGCUUUGGGCAUCACAGCAUACGAGCUCUUACGAGGAUGGAGGCCGUAUGAUAUCCAGUCAAGCACAGCUAUGGAGGACAUCAUCAGCAUGUUCCGUUCUGAACAUGUACGAUAUUCAACCUCCUGGUCUAAUGCCAUGGUGGCACUGCUGCGCCUGCUGCUCAGUAAGGACCCAGAGGUUCGGCUGUCGUGUGUGUCAGAUAUUCAGCGCCUUCCAUACCUGGUGGAUAUGAACUGGGAAGCCGUGCUGGAGAAAGGAGUUUCACCAGGAUUUACCCCCAACAGGGGACGUCUGAACUGUGACCCGGUGUUUGAGUUAGAAGAAAUGAUUCUGGAGUCAAAGCCACUCCACAAAAAGAAAAAACGACUGGCCAAGAGCAAACACACGACCAAAUCAUCUAGCACACUGCCACCCCACAUGCAACAACGUCUAGAAACAGUCAGAAAGGAAUUCAUCAUCUUCAACAGAGACAAAUUACAGAAGCAGAGUGACAGUGCAAAGAAAGGAUCUUCACUAAAAAGACAGGACAAACUGCAGGAAGGACAGAGCAACAAUGACAAAACCCACACUGUCAAAGCUAAAACAAAAACACACACAGACUUGGUGAAAAUACUGAGUUCAGAUUCACACUGAGCAACACCCUGACCUCCUUCGACAGCACCAUCCUCAAUGCACACCCACGCAGCACAAAACCAGACCCUUUGCCUUACUACAACGACUGUAUGUGUGUGUGUUUUUAUUUCAAAUCAAAUGACUGAACCAUCGCUACAGUAUUUGGUAGAGUUUGGCCGAAUAGAUUAACAACUAUUAGCAUUUAUUAGCAUUAGCAACAAUUCUCAGUCCUGCAGCAUUCAGUUUGAUUAUGCAGUUCAUGCCUCUGUUACUGAGUAAAUGAUCUGUUUAUAAUAAAU